GUUCGUCGACAGAUCUACAGGUAUGUUUACUAAAGUUUCGUUCUUUGUUGUCUGACUUCAUGUUCAUCAAUGUUAGUUGAUCUUGCUCAUCCUUCUCCAAAUUGAUCUAGAGCAGAUCGUGAUUCUGUGGCAUUGGUGGUGCAAGAAAAUUUUCAAAGUCUCUCCAAGGAGGUAGUAGCUAGCAAGAUGGAAGAAAAUCAUAUUUUGGGGUUGUCCUCCUAUUCAAUGGGAGCUCCAACUUCGAAGUUUUUUUUUGUCGAACUGAAAAUCAACUUCAAAGGAAUUGAGUACAUGAUCGAGAACGUGUUGCUGAAAAUUGAUAAGGGGGAGUCAGUUUCUAUGGAUGCAAAAGAAGGGAAGGUCACCAUUAAAGGUUCUGCAGACCCUCACCACGUCAUAAAAGAGCUUAAAAAAUUUUUAAUAGAAGCAGUUUUGGUGGAAAAAAGGCCACAAAUGAAGCAAUUUGCAUGGGGUGGUUGUUCUGGUGGUGGCAAUGCUGGUGGUGCCUCGCCAGAGCAGGCUCCUCCAGUACCAAGGGACUUCCCACUACCAAAGCCGCCACCGGGAUAUAAUUAUGUUCCAUCAGCACCUCCACUUGUUAUUGUUGGUGGUAGUGAUAGUUAUCAUCGUGGUGGUGGUAUUGAUGGUUGUAGUGGUGGUCGUGAUAGUGGUGAUAGUGAUGGUCAUUGUGGUCGUGGUGCUGAUGAUGGUAGUGGUGGUCAUGGUAAUAGUAGUAGUGACGGUUAUCGCUAUCAUCACGGUACUGAUGGUCGUAGUGGUGGUUAUGGUGGUGGAAGAAGUGGUUAUCGUCGUUGUGGUACCGGUGGUCAUGAUAGUGGUGAUAGUGAUGGUUAUUGUCGUUGUUAUCGUCAUGGUAUUGAUGGUGGAGGUGAGCUUGCUAGUGGUGGUCAUGACAUGAGCAACAACUGUCAUGGAAUUGGUGCAAGUUUCUAUUUGGUAUGAGCCAUUUUUUCCUUUUGUGGUUCAUAUUUACCUUGCUUGUUCUUUCUAGACUAUUCUAAGUUCACAAUUUACUACCAAAAUGUUAUAAUAACUCUGUUGAGGUGUUGUACUACUGCUACUUAUUUUUUAUGGAAAAAUGUUGCGACCCUCUCUUUGGGAAUUCCCACCAUCCUUAAUACAUUGUGAUUGGCUAAUUUAUUUUA